AUGGUCAGUUCGAUUGAAGGAGAAAAUGAUUCUGAUUUUCUUGAUGAACAUCAUAGUGGUUCGGAAACACAAGACGGUGAAAGUGAAACAUCCGAUAAUGAUGACGAAAUCGAUUUAGAAAAUCAUCAACUGAAUGAUAAUUGCACGUGGCAAAGUUCAUAUAACUUCAGAUCUGGUAUGACUUGGUCUUCAAAUCCGCACCACUUUUCAAAAACAAAUUUUUCGAAUGAUAAUACCACAGAAGCUGGACUGAUCCAAGUUACUGAAAAUAUAUCACCCAUUGAAGAUUCAUUUCUCUGUUUUAUGUCAGAGAAAAUGCUUGAAAAACUUUUGGUUUAUUCAAACUGCGAAUACUCUCAAAAUGAUACUGCCGCUGAAAAAUCAGAAAAAAUCACCAUUAUUGAAUUAAAAGCUUUUAUCGGGCUUUUAUUACUUUCUGGUCUAUUAGGCAAAUCGAAGAUAGAGCUAAAAUGUUUAUGGAGAAGAAGUCCAUUAGAAUCUCCCAUCUUUAAAGCGAUUAUGCCAAGAAGUCGUUUUCAAAAGAUUAUUGCCUGUUUACGAUUCGUCGACAAAAAAACACGAGAAGAAAGAAAAAAAAAUGAUAAGUUUGCCGCACUUCGUGAAAUCUGGUCGUAUUUUCAAGACAACUUACAAAAGUGUUACAUACCAGGAUAUAAUCUUACUAUUGACGAACAACUAUUAGACUUUCAUGGAAAAUGA